UGGUCCAGAUCACUUUGCUGUCCACAAAGUUAACCAAGCAAAUGAAAAAGAAAGCAUCCUUUAUUAGUUCACGUGCAACACUAACAUAUACAUACAGUCCUCAUCACAAACUCAUCUUCAUAAAUAAAUAGCCACUUUCUAAAGCAACACUAUACCCUUUGACUAAGGCAACCUUCUUCCAUUCCUUUUAUCUCUUUUCAUAUUCUAAUUCCCAAACAGUCACAUAACACAGAAAAACAUAGCAAUGUCUGGUUCAAGAAAGAAGCUUCUUCUGAACACUGUGUCGGUGAAACUAGGUUGUGGAAGCUGCAGAAGGCUAAAACUGAGUAACAUAUUCAGCCCAAAACCAAAAUCCAAGAACCCCACUUACCAAAAACACAAACUUUACAAUAACCAGUACUCUUCAUCUGGUCCAUGGACUGAAGACAAAUAUGAUAGCACAAGCACCCCAAACACCACAACCACAAACACUGCCACCACAUUUUCACCCUACUAUUCCUCAAACUUUUCUGACUCAGAUGCCUAUGCAAAGGACCAAAGGAGAGUAGGUGGUUUAGGAAGAGCCGGAGGAGAAGGCGUGGCGGUGGAGAAAGAUUCUGAAGAUCCUUAUCUUGAUUUCAGGCAUUCCAUGCUUCAAAUGAUAUUGGAGAAUGAAAUAUACUCUAAAGAUGACCUUAGAGAGCUUUUGAACUGUUUUCUUCAGCUGAAUGCACCUUACCAUCAUGGUGUUAUUGUUAGAGCUUUUACUGAGAUUUGGAAUGGAGUUUCCAUUAUGAGGCCUAGUUCACCCAGUUUGCAUACAUCUCGUACACAUACCCGUACCCGUAAGCCACGUCAACAUUAACUAUAAAGUUUGUGUUUGGUAUUAGGGUGGGUUUGACAAAUUCCUGAUAGCACCGUGAUUUUGUAGAAGCUACAAAAAUGUAGCUUUUGUAAAAUCAUGGCGGCUGCCAAACCCACUAUGAUACCAAACAAGCUUUAAGUUCUCUAGUGCAAGGUCUUUUGUUAACCAAGUAGUUGUGUAAAAAGCUGCACUAUGUACUAUGUAUUAGGUUGAAUGUAGUCCAGCUAUAUCUUAUUAGGAGCUAUGCUAAUUAAUGAAGUUGCUAACGUUGUAUUGUGCUGCACAUUUUGGUGAUUAUCAUCCAAGUGUUAAAAAUGGUACUUUUGUUUGUCCUUAUUGGAAAUCAAGAUUUAAAUUGCAUUUUUUCAGUCA